CUGGAGUGUUGCUGCAACCUUUGUGUGUCCCAAACAGCCAAACAGGGGCAGAUCCCUCUCGUCUCUCGUCUCGGUCGUCUUUGCCUGCCUUUCGAGACUCUUUUCUGGGUUGAUCCGGCCGGACCAUUCUGUUGCUGCUGCUACAUGGUACACGCAAGCAGGGCAAGCUUACCAUAGUUCCUGAACCCGACCUUUCUGUUGCUGCUUGCUGCUUGACACUUCCUUGCCCUGUCCUGCCUCCUGGCUCCUGGCUCCUCUUUUCACCUCUCACCCCUCUCAACUCUUGCUUCUCCUCCUUCUUCUCCCAUUCAUCAGUCGUGUUUUCCCUCAUCCUCGUUCGCCAUCUCAUCCUGCACACUGCGUGGUCGCGCUGCUGUGGUGUUUCCCCUCCGGUACCUUGUCGACUUACACACUUACAUACAUCCACAUACAUCCACAUACAUCCUCCACCUGCGCACCUGCCUGCUUGCUCACUUCUUCCCGCCUGUGCUGCUUGCUUACUUGUUGAUUCCACUCGAUCGACACCUUCUCGGCCUUUGAUACAUCAGAAACCACCAAACAGUCACAAAAGUCAAUCGUCAGAAUGGAUCCUGAUUGCGCCAUUUGCCAUGCUCCGGCAACCGUUGCCUGUGACUGUGAGGCCAAGGGCCUCGAGAUGGCCGUCAAGCAGGCUGAAAACCGGAUGAUGCAGUCUAUCUAUAACGACAUCCGGUCAUGGGUGCGAGCUCAUGCUCAAGACUACAUCCUCGAUCACUUCCGCCAGCUGACUGAGCGACGAAAGACGGCACAUGCCUCGCACCUGGACCGCAUCACAGAACACGCCUGGCAAUACUACCAGCAGCCACCUCAUCCUAGUGAACUCGCCAACGCCCAAGCCCAGUUGAAGCGCGGCAUCGAUGAGGACUGGCAGGCUUCAGUACAGCGAUACCCCGAGGUGCUCGAGUACUUCUACAGCCUAGUCGAGUUGACCCUUCCAGAUGAUGGUGACGCAUCUGUCAAGGACCCUCCUCUCAAUGCUCUCAACGCACCCAGGAGAAUCAGUACCAGCUCGAGGAUGGCGCCUGGUGCCCCAGCAACUGUGGCCAGCGGUCGCAGCAUGGCCUACGACAGAGAUAUUGCCCCCAUGCCUGCCAUGCGACGCACGCCACCCCCGAUUGAGCCGGUCCGUGGAAGUGACAGGCGCACACCAGGACCAAGGGAGCGGAGACAAUCAUACCGGGCACCACACCCUGGACCGCCAACAUACUAUCCUCAGCAGCCAUACUAAAUUGCCAACAACCUCGACAAGUUGACAAUACUACGUUCGCUUCCAAUCGAGAUUCCCUUUGUCGUCACUUGCCUCAUGCUUUACGAAAAAAAGAUGAAUCAUACCCAUGGCCUCGACAAGGGGUCACACAUCUACAGCAUGAGGAUCUUUUCUUACAUACCAUUCUUGCAUACCACGGCCGUAUUGUUGCAUAUCACAUUUAGGGAAAGCGACGGCGGCAUUUGUUCUCAAAAAAUCAAGUAAAGGAUCACAAACAAUCGUCUGGAACUCGGGACGGGAAGGGAAACGGAACGGAAAUGAACGGAUGAAUGACCGGGUUUACGGAUAGUCAAUGGGCGGUUGACUCGGUGUUCAAGGAAUCAUGAUUGUGCUUUAUCGAUUUUUCUCUUGCUUGGGCUCCUUUACCUUCUGGAAAGGCUGGGUGGCAGGCCUGGAUUUUACUUAUGACUGCGAUGAUGGAAUGAAUACCUCACGAAAGAAACAAUGCAAAACAAAAAUCAAGAAAGGGCGGAAUGUUAUGAUAAGAUGACGAUUUUACCUCAUAGACCGGUAUACCUUGAACGAUAUUGGUCACGAAGGAGGAAACACUGAGCCUUUGGAGACGAAAGCUGAAAGGUAUAGCUAGCUAGCGCUUAGGCAGUCACUCGAACAGAGCUAGUUCACUGCUCAUUCAUUCAAUG